AGCAAUCCUCCCCGGGCCCCGGUCCCGCCGUUUCAACUCCCACUGCCUGACGCCGUACGUGUUGACCCGCAACAACCGACUCAGUCGAGCCGCGGCAACUCCCCCCACCACGGCCGCGAUGACCGUGAUCGCGGCGGCGCGGCGCGCAGCUCCCGUCGUCGCCCUCCUCUUCCUCGUCUCCGCCGCGUCCUUCCUCGCGGCCGAUGCAUCAGCGGCGGCGGAGGGGGCGAACUCGUCCUUCGUGCUCGCGGCGGAGAAGACGCACCGGAAGGACCCCCUCGACGGGCUGAGGUACUACGCCGGCGGAUGGAACAUCAGCGACGAGCACUACUGGGCCUCCGUCGGCUUCACCGCGGCGCCGGUCUUCGCCGCCGCUGCGGUCUGGUUCGUCGUGUUCGGCAUUGCCCUGUUCCUCGCCGGCUGCUGCUUCUGCUGCUGCCCGGGCGGCGGCGACGCGUACCACUCGCGCGCCUGCCUCGUCGUCUCCCUCGUGCUCCUCCUCGCCGCCACGGCCGCCGCCGCCGUCGGGUGCGCCGUGCUGUACGACGGGCAGGGCCGCUUCCACGGCAGCACGGCGGCGACGGUGGACUACGCGGUGCGGCAGUCGGGCGACACGGUGGCCAACCUGCGGACCUUCGCGGGGUUCCUGGAGACCGCCAAGGCCGCCGGCGUGGGGCCCGUCACGCUGCCCGCCGACGUCAAGGGGAGGAUCGACGACGUCGUGACCAAGGUGGGCGCGGCCGCCGACGUGCUCGCCGCCCGCACGUCCAGCAACGCCGCCAAGAUCCGCGCCGCCCUGGAGACCGUGAGGAAGGUUCUGAUUGUCUUCGCAGCAGCAAUGCUAAUCCUUGCUUUUCUUGGCCUUGUGCUGUCGCUUUGUGGAUUGGAGUCGAUCAUCUACGUGUUGGUGUUUUUCGGGUGGAUCGUGGUUACAGGGACGUUUGUAUUGUGCGGUACUUUUCUCCUCCUGCACAACGUGGUCGGCGACACCUGCGUGGCGAUGGGCGAGUGGGUGGCGCACCCGCAGGCGCGCACGGCGCUGGACGACAUCCUGCCGUGCGUGGACACGGCAGCGGCGACGGAGGCGCUGGACCGGAGCAAGGAGGUGAACUACCAGCUCGUCGCCGUGCUCAACGGCGCGCUGUCCAACGUGUCCAACCGCGACCUCCCGCCGCAGGCGCCCCCGCCGCUCAACUACAAUCAGUCCGGCCCGCCGGUGCCGCUGCUCUGCAACCCCUACACGCCGGACCUCCGCGACCGCGCCUGCGCGCCCGGCGAGGUCGCCCCCGACGCCGCGCCGCAGGCGUGGCGGGGCUACGUGUGCGACGUCGCGGACGCGCCGGGGGCGGCGGCGGAGGUGUGCGCGACCCCCGGCCGCGUCACGCCGUCCAUGUACGCGCAGCUGGCCGGCGCGGCCAACGUGAGCUACGGGCUCUACCACUACGGGCCGGUCCUGGUGGCGCUGGCGGACUGCACGUUCGUCAGGGAGACGUUCCGGUCCAUCGGCGACGACCACUGCCCGGGCCUGCGCCGGUACAGCGGGCAGGUGUUCCGGGGACUGCUCGGCGCCGCCGCCGGAGUGCUGCUGGCGGUGCUGCUCUGGGUCGUGCACGCGCGGGAGCGGCGGCGGAGGAGCGACGCCAAGGACCUCCUGCUGCCCUCGUCGCCGUACAGGCUUCCGGUGGAGGAGAGGGCGUUUCUGAAGAGCCCGGCGAGGCCGCAGUACUACAUGUGAAGACGAAUCACAUGUAGCAUCAGAUCAUCUAGCUUAAUUAGAUCUUACAUUGCCCAAGAGAGGGGUGCAGUAUACCUGUACAUUGCAAUUAAUUAGCCGGCAUUAGUAUUCUUAUUAUGUAC